UUUCAAAAUCACCCCUGCGUUAACGCGUACCUCCUCUCUUCCGCCGCACUCUCACUCAACAGCCCUCCUUUUCUCGAUAUUCCUCUCUUCCUUUCCUAAAUCCUAAGACGCCAAUGGCUUUGACCGUGGAAGUAGCAGUUUUCGUAAACACCAACUUGGGCACUCGCAUGGCCAUGGAUGUCUCACCAGAUAUCACAGCAAGAGACUUAAAAAGGGAACUUGAGACACAGCACUCCAAUUGUUUCUGGAAUUCAGGAGAGAUCCGAGUUUCCAGAUUGAUGGUCAAACGAAAAUCAUGCCUGUAUCACCUGCCUGAUUCAGUGCCGAUGAAGAGUGUUUUCCGGGGAGUGAAAGGAACAUGGUUUCUUCAUGUGGAAGCAAGAUUUUUGAGUGAUUGCAAUAGGCCAUGUUUACCCAAGUAUGGAGCCUCAAAACCUAAAUUUAGUAUUACUCAUCCUCUGCAUCCAGAGAAUAUUGUUACAAGCACUGCUAAGAGUAACACAAAAGGCCACUGUAAAAGGAUGUUGAGGGAAAAAUUAUUUCGAUGCCACAACCCUUUACUCGGAAAGCUCAGAAGACCUUUCUUCUUUACAAAGAUAAGGAAGAGAAGAAAGAAAAUCUCCUCAGCAUACGAAGUGAAUAGAGUCCAAAUUGACAAGGAGAAAUUUCCUGAUUGUGCAUCUAAAUCAAUGAUAGAUGAGCCCACUCAUACGUCAUCAGAAGUAGUAUCUGUAUCCGGCAUUAUUCACAGAUACUUUUCGAAUCUUAGUGAAGAUGGCGGUCCUUCAAGUCCUACAAGGUCUGUUACAUCCAGAGUUGUUCAAAGUUGGCCUGAAGAGCACUUGAAGACUCAAGCAGAUGAUAUUUGUUCGAGCAUACAAGUUAGCCCCUUAACCCAGUUUUCUGCUAAAAGGACCGCAAAGCCGGUAUGUUUACCUUCGCCUACUGGCUAUGGUCAAAGAAGAUAUAAGCUUAAUAAACCUGAAGUUGGAAAGCGUCUUGUCGUGGCGUCAUAUAGUCUUGGGAUUUCUCCAAGUAAGGAACACCCUGCAAUAUCUUUGCAGCUUCGAAGGUAAAAAAGUUUAGUUCAGUUUUUGAUAUCACUGAUGAGGUCUGAAAAAAAAAACUUUUCAAAAUGCCUAAUUGCUCUGUAUAGCCUUAUUUAUAUUUCGUCUUGCAAAUUUUCUAGAAGUUUUUUUAAUCAGUGUUUUUAGAGCUUAUUUAAAGUUAACAAGAAAAAUAAUGGAAAAAAAAAAAGAAAAAAAAAAGAAGAAAGAGAGAGAGAGUUCGGUAUUUACAAGAAAAGUGGCAAAUUACAACCUGUACACUACACCAUAUGGUUAUAACUGAUAAAUUUCCCUACCGCCCAUAACAAGAAUACACUAUGAAUAAAAUGUACCAGAAAUUGCAACCGCUUGGAUGUAACCAAAGUUGGCCAUCUUAAUUUUUCCAAAAGCAGUUACCCUAAAUGCCAUUGUUGUUGGUAUAUAUAAUGUGCAGGUUAGACUCGUUUACUCAAUCAUCUAAAAACACAACCUUCUUUCCCCUUCCCCCUAACCUCUUGUUCCUUAAUUGUCUCUCCUCUUGUACCUCCUCCUGUAAAGAAAAGAGAAGAGACAAUGGAGCUCAUCAACAGCCGGGUCUUCCUCCUCGUCCUCCUCGUCCUCCUCAUAUCCAUCUCUUCCGGUCAAGUCUCAUCACGCCCAACCCCACAGGCGGAUGCGGCUCUUGAAAAUAUCUGUGCCAAGACUACUAACUCUGCUCUUUGCUCCAGCACCGUCCUUCCUAACCUACGCGGCAAUGCCGACCCUACCACCGUCCUUCAAAUAGAGAUGAACGCAUGCUUGGACCUCACCAAAGGGGCCCUCGGCCAGCUGAAGAAGACGGCCAGCAAUCCCUCCACAUCGCCGGCAGAUGUGUCGUCGAUCAAAGUAUGCCAAGAAGUCUACGAAUAUGCCAUAGACGACAUCAACGGUGCCAGUGAGGCCAUUGCCGCGCGCGACGUCGGCACUUUACAAACCAGGCUUAGCGCAGUGAUUACCUAUUUUGGUACUUGUGAUGAUGCUGUCGCCGAGUCUCCCGGCUUCAAGCUGCCUUUGAAGGAGGACGAUGUUGUUACAUUGAAUAAGCUGGCAAGCAACUGCAUGGCCAUCUCCACAUUGCUCAAGUAGACUAGCAAUAAACUGCUCCCUUACUUAACUCUGUUUCAAAAACUGCACUGCACUGCACUGCACCACUUCUGAUCAGAGAUGGAAUAUGCUGUUGACAAUAUUAUUAAAUAAUUUAAUACAAAUUUGAAUAUUCGUUUCA